GAUAGGGAAUCGUAUACCUAUGUCUAACAAAUAUUGGUUGCUGUAUUUACAGCUUAGAGAAAUAGCUGAUUAUGUGUUUGCUCCAAAAAUUUCUAAAUCAGUGUUAUCGUUUCUGCAAUUUUUAGUGGAGCAGUUUUUGCACAAUUUUGCUGAACUUUUCCCAGACAAUUUUACACCCAAGUUUCAUUUCAUGCUUCAUUAUGCUCAUCUUAUUAAUGAUUAUGGGCCACUACGUUAUUUAUGGUGUAUGCGUUUUGAAGCAAAACACUUGUAUUUCAAAAAAUUGGCUUCUUCGAUUAGAAAUUUUAAAAAUAUUGCCUAUUCGCUUGCAAAACGACACCAGUUACGGCAGUGUUGGGAGAUGACAUCCUCAGAUUUCUUCAAAGAAUAUGAGAAAACUUAUAAUCUUUGUUCCAUUUUGUUUGAAAGUUUAGCAGCUUCUAUUCAAGAAAAACUAAGGAAGAAAUUGAUGGAAAAACGCUGGUGUCUUUAACUGAGACAAUGGUGGCCAGUUUAUGUCAGACGAUUCGUUGGCAAGUAGUACUCAUUGAAAUUAUAAGGCAUCUUAUAACUUCACAUGAACAGCACGAAAGAACUAGCUCUUAUGUUAUUGAAAAUGAUGUUUUAAAUACAUCAAUAACAUCCCCAAUAUCUUGUGAUGAAGAUGGUAGUAUGAUUGCUGGAGUGUCCCAAAGUAUGAAACCAUGGCCAGUGUGUUAUCAACUACCCAUUUUGCCUCCAUCAGUAAAUGCAGCUUUAGAUGCUAAAGAUCAUUGUUUUCUUAACUUGAAUCGUAGCAAAUGUAGGAACCAGCUUUUACAAUGUCUUUAUGACGACAUCAGCAGAUACACAAUGUAUCCAUCAGGUGUGCAAUACUCAGCUGUACUUGCUGCCAUUUGCAGUAGGUAUCCACACUUAAGUGACUUCCCAUCAAAAAGUACUUCUUCUUAUAGAUAUGUUGUUUGUCCAACACUAUUAGAAAGCUUGAAGAACAAGUUUAAAAAAGAAAGAACUCCUUUAAUCCAUUUGUCUGUUGUUGCUGAACAUAAGAAGAAAUUUGGCCAACAAGGUAGAGGUCGAAAAAGAAAGGAAGAUGCUGUUAGUGAUAACCAAUCUUGUACUAGGAAAAAUAGAGAAUUGCCGAACAAACUUCCUCUUGAGGAAGAUGAAACAACUAUUGUAAAACAUCAUGAUGACAUGAAAAUAGAAUGCAAUAAGCUCCGGCCAGACAUUAACAUGCUGUUGGAUCGCCAGCAACGUACUUGUGCUGCUCGUGCAAAGGAUUUUGAUUCUGUAUUAAGUACAGCAGAUUUAAAAUCUACUUUUCCUUGGCUCUCUAUUGCUAGAUUGUUUCUAAAUGAAAUGAGAUUAAGAUUUGCCAAAGAUCUUGACAAACAACUCCACCAAUGUAUGGGUGGAAUGGCUGACAAAAUUAUGCAACUCGUAAAAUCAAAGCAUAAAGAUGAUGUAGUAAAUGCAAUUUCUGCAGAAAUUGAGUGUGAACUUGAUGACUCCAUGAAGAAAGAUGCCACAUUAAAUGCAGCCAUUAUUGUUUUACCAAGACUGUUCAAAGAAUCUAUAGACUGCCUGGUUACGUUUGACAUCGAACCAUUGCAUAGUACGCUAACUAUCAAAGUGCCAAAAAAACAAAGGCUAAUAACAAAAGACUGUUGUGUAAUGUUGGAUGGUUGCAACAUAAUAGAGCAUUUCAGCGAUGUUGAUGUUUCGUUGGCUAUGUCGUGUGUUUUUGCAUCGUAUUAUAUAUAUAAUAUUCAAUAUCCAGCGCAAUUGAAGAACACAUUGUUGUUUUAUGAACAUAUUGUCUAUGGAUUGUCUACUAAAGCAUCACCAGUGACUAUAACGAGAAUGGCAAAUACUUUGAAUGAGUAAUCAAAUUGAUUUAUUAUGUGUUUGUAGUUAUAUAUUUGCAUAGUCAAUAAUUCAGCUUUUUUUUUACCCUUAAAAUUAAUUGUUUAUGUUAUUCUGGAGUGGUUUUACAUUUAUUUUAAUAAUUAUGCAUUGAGUCAUAAGUUGCAACAUACGUGGAUUCUUAAAAUACUC